AUGACGUCAGCCUGUCAAUCUCGGAGGAUGUGGUUGCUAGCUGUGCUGAUCAGUGAGGUCAGCCUGGUGGAGUCUGCCGGUGUCAAGGUAAUGAUGCUUCACAACUCCGCACAAAGCAAUGCGGGAUGGAAGGAAGGUUUCUACGACUUUUUUGUCCCAUAUGUGAACGCCCAGGGCUUCACCAUAGCUGGUGGAACUGAAAAGCACACCCUGGAUGUGUCGCUAUGCGAAGAGGACCUUUCUGUAGAUGCCGUGACGAAGGUCAACGCUUGCGUAAACCGUGCCGAGACCGAGGGUGUGGAUGCAAUCGUGGUGGGGACCUCCAGUUCCAACGACGACAUCAAGACGGCUGCAGAAGCCUACAAGAUACCCAACUUGCACUGCUCAGGUGGGAACCCCAUGUCCUGGACGGCAGCCACACCGAAUGCGUUCGGUCUUCACCUGCCAUUCCCGUGGUACUCCAGGGGCCCCAUACGACAGGCUGCUUUGCUGGAGCUCAAGACGAUUGUGGUCAUCCGCGACUACGACUGGGGUUUCCCUCGCAUUUCAGCGGUAGCUGCGAUGGAGUGGGCGCUCGAGAGUUCGAUGCAGGUGAUUGGGCCCACGCUGGCCUGGUGUCAGCGUUGGGCCGACAAGACCAACACUUGUGCUAUACAGAAUGGCAACUGCCGGUGCGGAACACAGUCCGAGUAUGACAACCUGGGUUACAAGUACAACGUUGCGGACAUGCCAAGCUUUUAUGAAGCCUCGGAAAGCUUGGUAGUCGAGUCUGGAUUUGAUGUGCGUGGGUCUGGGAUUUCUCCAGCGUUGGUCGAAUUUGUGGAAGGGAUCAUUGAGGAUGUUCGCUCUCAAGGAGGAGAUCCGGAUAUGGUCGUUAAUUGGCUGGCUGCAGCGCGAAGCGGGCUGAUGGCCAUGAUGAAUCAGAGGUUCGGCUACCGCAUGUACUUUGGCGGUCCCAAUUAUCCGGGUACUGCCUGGAACGGUUACGAGUCCUACUGGAGCAAUGGUUCCGUAGCUCUCGGAUAUGAGCAGGCUCUGUACAACAUUGGGGGAGGUCAGUGGCACCAUGAAAUGGGCUUUUCCGAUCCCAUAUUUGGCACCAGCCAGCAAAUGAAAGCUGUCUUCAUGCAACAGUUCGGCAAAACUCCGGGUUACGACGCAGCGGCUUGUAUGGCGGCGGGCAUCUCCAUCACCUUCGGAUUGCAGAAGUAUGGCCAAGCCUUGGAUGGAAUGACUCUGGCCCAGCGACGUGAGGAGAUUCGCAUGUCCGUUGGCACUUUGAACGAUGAGACUCUCUACGGACAGAUCCGGUUCAACCGCUUCAACCAGAACAACGGCCGCAUGAGUGUAAACUGGCAAAUUCUUGAGGAUGGUGGAACCAGGCCAGUGCUGCCGCCUGAGGCUGCGGCCACACCCUUCCGAUUUCCGAGUCCUAGCUGGGACGCUCGCUUGGGCUGCCCAAGCGGCACCUAUGCUGGUGGCAGUCAGACGCUUGAUGUCCCAACCCAAUGUGUGCUUUGCCCAGAGGGCAGGUACCGCGAUGUGGUGAGUGCAGGGUUGAAUUUCUCAGAGUGCUAUCAAUGCCCGAUGGGUCUCGGAACCCUUCCAGGCAUCACUGGAUCUACAGGAUGUGCUAGUUGCCCAGCGGGGCGCUACCAAAAUGGCGAGUCCGAUCGGGGAGUCUGCAAUCAAUGCGCCCUUGGAACGGCAAGAGCCGGCAACAGCACGUCAGGGUGCAGCCUCUGCGAAGCAGAGACGUACGCUGAUGUAAGAGGUCUUGAGACCUGCAAAGCGUGCCCCGCUCGGAGCUCGCAGUCAGAUGUCGGGCAGACUUUCUGCCUUUGUGAUGUGGGUGCAUACAAAGACCCAGACGAUGUGACCCCGAUAGGAACUGUUCGAAGCUGCCUGGCAUGCGAACAGAUCCUUCCGGGGAGUACGACGUUGUACCCCAGCUCGAAGCGCAGUGACGAGUGUGUUUGCCCGCCAGGCACCUUCUGGCACCGCACCUCCCCCACAAGUGAUGUGGCAACCUGCAAGGAGUGCGGGCUGGGACUUAACUGCCUCGGAGGACGCAUGUCAAGCAGUGGGCGCCGCCUCAACGUCAGCGUUCCUCCGCAUCAACCUCCUCUACAAGCCGUUGGCUACUCAGCUGGAGCCCCCGCCUACGAAGGUGCUGACCCAGCAUACGUUGUUGAAUGCAGCAGCAGCAUCCGAUGUCCGGGAGAUCUGCCAUUGGGCGAAUGCCCUGGCAACAACCUGGGGGUUGCUUGCUUAACCUGCCUCGACAACAGCUAUGAUGAUGGUUCUACAUGCCUCAGCUGCGAGGGUGGCAGCUUCACACUAUGGCCUCUUUUCGUAGCCCUUUUUGGAGGAGUUGUGCUCGUUCUUGUCCUCUACAAGUUUGCGACGAAGGUGGACAAGCCUCACCGAGAUUCUCUAAUGACGGUGACCAUCGGCGCUGGAUUGGCCAUCGCCACUGUGCAGACUCUGUCAGCCUUUUCCAAGGUCGAAGUGCAGUGGGUGGAGCCCCUUAAGACACUUCGUGGUUUCCUCUCUUUUCUGACAUUUGACAUCGGCAUCCUUCGUCCUGGAUGCUGGUUUGGUAAUGUGGAUCCUCUUCAAAAUUACAUUGGGUCCCUCAUCCUGUAUCCCAUGGGUGCUGCAGCAGUUAUGUUGGUCUUCGCGGUCGCCAAGUAUGUUCUCCAAAAGGAGAUCACUGUAAACCAAGUUAUCAAUGCGCAAGGAUUGAUCGUGUCCGCAGUCUACAUCGCACUGACUUUCUUGGCAGUAAAGCCCUUCCAGUGUGUGGGAAAUCCAGAUGGGACCUCUUCCCUGGCAUCUUUCCGCGAUGUGAUCUGCUGGUCGGAUGAGAAACAUUUUGCCAUGGUUGGCCUCUCCUUGCUGCCUUUCUUCGGUGGAGUUGUCAGCUUCAUGGGUCUCAUCAUAUGGGCUGUCAUCCAAUAUCCGAUGAAGGUGGCAAAGCCAGGAGGGGUCAACUUUGUGAAGCGCUGGAAUUUCAUGUUCGCCCGCUUCAACCCAACGGCUUACUACUUUGCAUUCGUGCUGAACACGCGCAACCUGUUUAUCGGCCUCAUCCCAGUGUUAUUGGUGGAGUUUUCCGAGCUUCAGUUUAUCUGCCUCACGGUGACGGUUUCCGUGUAUACAAUCCUUCAGGCUCACAUCUGGCCAUGGCGAACUCAGAUGUCCAAUUACAUGGACUGUUGCCUGGCCCUUUUCCUAAUUACGGUGAUCGUGGUGGGCAGCAUGCUGUUGGACUUCGACGUCCAGAGAGGUACUGUCAUCAUCCAGAUCAUCUUGAUGAUCGGAACCGUGCUAGCCUUCAUUGGCCUGGUCAUUCUGUUUUCCGUAGCAACAUACCGGGCGUACCGCCCCUCGCGCACCUAUGGCAUCUUCCUGAGCCAUCACAAGCUGGGUGCCGCAGUGCUGUCCAGAUGGUGGAAGAUGAUGCUCUCGGACCUCAUCAAAGACAGGGUCUUCUUGGACUCAGAUGAUGUGAACAAGCUGGACGCGAUCAUAGAUGUAACCGCCUGGGAUUCGCAGAACGUUGUUGUUCUCAUGACUCAGGAGACCCUGAAGCGGAUGUGGUGUGCUGCAGAAAUUGCGAGUGCGUGGGCGGCCAACACCAAUAUCGUGCUGGUAAGCUGUGAUGGUAACGGCUUGUCGGACGAGCUCAUCCAGUCUCUUCCAUCUCUUUGGACAGAAGAGCAGCAGGCCACUCUUGCAAAUGCCGGCGUCACGAUGAAGAUGAUCGUUGACUCCUAUGAAGGCCUCAAGGUGCGAACUCCUAUCAAGCUGGAUCGCAAGGGCGCGGACACCAGCGAGCACCAGCAUGCAGUGGAACUUGCAGUGUCACAGUGCAAAGGUCUGAGCAAGAAGAUGUUCAGUCGCUUCGCCAGGGCGACCCAGAGGGCGGAGGAGGCCGGCGGCAUGGUGAUGAUCGGUGACCUGAUGACGCCAGAGUCGGGCAGCUGCUGUAAGGCCAGGCCCAGUUACCGUGCCAAGGGCGCUGAUGAUCAAUUUGAGAAGUUAUGGACAUCUAAGGUGAUCCAGUCAAUGCUGCAGUCCAAACUGCAGGAAUCUGUAUAUGUUUUGGACCCGGCGAUGGAAGUGAUCGACUUGGACUCGCUUGCCGACAAGUACGUGCAGGCCAAAGUGAUCCUGGUGAUCCUCACUCAGGGCCUCCUCCAAGAUGCACUCUUUGCCGGAGCUAUAGCAGCUUGCCCGGUGGAAGUUCGGGGAAAUUUGGUGCCGAUCAAGGCUGAUGAGAACUUUAUCUACCCGGACCCACUCUUCUGGGAGAAGCUUGCCGCUGGAGAGAUUUUCUCAACAGCCCAGCUAGCCAAGCACAGAACCGAUUUCGAAGGGGUCAGGGCAGCCUAUGCCCGCCUCUUCAAUGUGCUAGCACUGAAGUUCACCUCGCAUGGCAGUGAAAGUAUUCAGUCCACAGAAAUUCAAGUCAUGCAGGGCCGCUUGGCGCCCAUGCUUGCGGCAGAAACUGCGGUUCUGAAGAAGGCGUCAACCUCAAAGUCCGUAGAGUCAGGGAAGCAGGAAACAGCCACAGCAGAGGAGGGCAAUGAGGCAGAGAAGGGGAAUCAGACCGAAGUUGUACGAGACGACAGCCAGUAUCCGAUGGCGCACGAGAUCGAGACGGAGGCCUCUUCUGCUCUAAGUUUCUACACGGAGGCAGUGGGCGGGCAGGCUAGGUGCGGUGCCAACGACGCCUACGAGGUGCUGAGAGCUCUGGGGGCAGCCGCUGAGACGCGGGAAGCCAGGCCGUGUCCAGCGCUGACAAAUUCAACGCAGGAUUUGCUACGAUGUCUUGAUUGGCGACAGCGGACUGGAGAAACUGAUUUUGAGGAAGUGUCGCAGACACCAACAGAGGACGCGGACAAUGCAGCCGUGGAGUACUUCGAGGAGAUCUCACGAAAUCGCCACAGAGGAUGGUUAAACUUCGACAUUCAGGUGACUAUCUUCACUGAUGAGAUGCUUGGGGUCCUCAAGAGCUGGACAGAUGACAGGAGAGGUUUGGCGCGCGUCUACUUCCUUGCAGAUUUCGCCUUGAUCCCAACUGUCUUUAUGCACAUGGUAGUGCAAGAUGACCGGAAACGCGAGAGGGGCAAGGGAAACUCUUCGAGGCGACUGGCCGAAACCUAUCUUGGUUAUGAGGGCAACCUCCCAGCCUCAACUGUUGUCAGGCUGGACAGAUCGUACCUCAUGCACAAGGUGGAGACCAUUUGGCAGAAAAUCCCAGAAUAUUGGCACUGCUGGCAGAGGGACAGCUGCAAGUUCCUCAUCGCCAGCAUCUACGCGCGUCAUGUGUGGCGAAAUUUCGCUGCACACUUCGGGGACAAAGCCGUGUUCAUCACCCACGGCGGGAUGUCUCCCUGGCUGCGGGAGCGACCCGACAGCUUCUUCAUCAAACUUCCAGGGGAUGCCACCCCGUCGGUUCCAGCAGAUGGAAAUACAUGUCGAGCUUCCUGUGCUCUACACUGCCAGAUGGAGCCUCCUGCCAUUUUGCCACAGGACAUUGUCCUUCCCUGGGUCGUUGCGUUUGAGUGGACCCGGCGUGCAGAGGCCUAUCGAAACCGCGACAUUCUGGCUUUCUACAGCGGUACAAGGAACUCUUGUUCGCGGACAAUCCUUCACGAGGCCUUCGACGGCCGGUUUGAGUCAGAGAUGGACUUUGGAGAGGAUGCACGGCGCGAGCGCAGCGCCAAACCCCGCCUCCUCAAGGACCGAGUCCUGAUUUUCCCCCCGGAGUUCAGACUCCGCCAGCAGGAUUGGUCGGAGCUUGCCUUCAGAUCCAAGUUAUGCCUAUGCCCCGAUGGUGACUCGCCUAAUACGGGCCGUCUCAUUGAGGUCAUCAUGCACGGCUGUGUGCCGCUGAUUAUUUCCAAUCGCUUACAACCUCCGUUCCACCAGUUGUUCGACUGGUCAAAGAUUGCCUUCUUCAUGCGCGAAGACGCUCUUCCGCAUUUGCCGAGAAUCCUGGAGCAUUUUCAAGGCCCAGAGGGUGAUCGCCAAAUCCGGCAGAAGCGCCAAAGGUUAGGAGAGGCAGCCGCCCGGUCUCUGGCUGGAACUUGCUUGACCCGCCUUCUGCAACAGAUGUCCCAUCUUCUGGAUUACAACAGAGAUGGAGUUGCUUCAACUCUGUUUUUGGCGCUGCGGGUGCCCCGCGUUUUUUCGUGUCUGUGGAGAGAAUGA